UAUAUGUAAGAAGUUUAGAAAAUUUCGUAUGAUAAAAAAGAUUUCAAACUCUUCAAAAUUUUGAAAACGAGCUUCAGUCUCAGCAAACAAAAAUAAAAGCAAUUAUUGAUAAAUGCUUUAUGGUUUCUUAACCAAUCACAAUUACGAUUUAUUAUUAGUGUUGACGAAAUUUCUUAUCCAAGGCAUUUAUAUCUGGCCCAUAACUGCAUUUAAUCGAUUGGGAGUAAGUUGUGCCAAAUAAUAAGAGUAAUCAGUUAUAUACAAUACGUUUGAUAAAAUAACAAGUGUAAUAAUUGUAUAGAAUGUACGCGAUAAAAAAUAAAUUAUUGUUUAAUAUCAUCAUUGUGCUUGUCGCAAUAACUAUUAAUGCUUCAAAAGUGCCAUUACUCGAAUUAUCUAUUGGUGACAUCGUUGAUAUAAAUGAUUUCGAAGAAUUUUCAACUGAAACCUUUGGUAAUAUAUUAGAAGGUUAUAAAGCAGUGGAAUUUACUAAAACUGAGCAUCUUAUUAGCAUCCAUUAUACCGCUGUCAAAAAAGAAAAAUGUGUACCACUAAAAUCUUUAGUGUCUUAUUCUUAUCCGGAAAUCAUCAAUGAUGAUACAGAAGCCGAACCACUAAAACUAUUUAACAGCACCGAUAGGCUAAAGUAUAAUUAUUUUGGCAUUGGCCAAAGUUACAUUGAUGAUAAAUAUUUAUAUGGUAUUAUUAGACUAUGCAAGACUAGAAAAAUUCAAAAUUUAAAUAUUCCAAUACUUGCUAAAGGGGAUAUUUCAUUUAAUAAUAAUCAAAUAAAAUAUAAACUAUUACUUGAUGAAACAGCUGUUUUACGAUUUAGAGGAAAUAAAAGUACACAUUUUGUGACGUCUAUCACUACCGGGGAAUGUCUAUCCCAAGUUCAUGUCAACAAAGCAGAAAUGUGUGAAUUACACGCGGAAUGCCAGGAAAAAAUAAAUUUGGAGGACCAUUUUUUCGAAACUUCUGUGCAUAAAGGCCGCGUAAUAACAGCUAGCAAUAGUCGCGAUCUUGAAAAUAAGAUCAAUGGAGAUUUAAAUGAAUCUGUGAAAUCACUUAUUGAUUUGAUUCACGAUCCAACGAAAUUCUCCAGUAUUUUUGGUCUACUUGGUGAACACACUGUUAUUCAUCUUAAAUUACAUUCACUGCCUGAACUACCAGAAUCACAAACCACAUUAGUACUGGAUCCAAUUACUCAUAAAACUCCGAUGAAAUAUUUAAUCCCUGGUGACAUUGUCAAUGUUGAUGAUUUAAAAAAUUUCAGUUCAUCUAUUGUAGUCGAUAAUAUUUUAGUCGACGUAUACGAUGGAACAGUUAACUCAUCCACAUCGAUAGUUUACACUGAUUGUUUUAAAUACGACGAUAAUGACGCACCAAAACUGGAUUAUGUCACUUAUCAAACGUACAGUCAUUAUCCCGCAGAAUCUUUUUAUAAAUUUGACGUAUUUGACGAAAUGGUUAAACGCAAAGACUAUGGAGUUGAUCGCAAAUAUUUAAAUAAUAAUUACAGAUGUAUGAAGAUUACUGUUUGCUCUGAACUUGAAAGACGAAAAUUAAUUAUUCCGUCAGUUCGUGUUAUCAAUUUGAGCGAAAGAAAUAUUUAUUAUUCAUAUAUUUUUAAAAACGAAAAUAUUGUCUUUCGCUAUAAGAUAAAUAACGAAACGCAUUAUGUUGCUCGUACAGAAAAAGGCAAUUGCUUGUUUCAGGCAUUAGUGUUUCCAAAUGAUGAUGACAAUCUCAAAUAUAAAAAUUCGCCUCUUUUAUACAUAGGUAAAAUAAUAUCAGCAACUGAUGAUCCUGUCCUGGAAAAAUGGGCAGAAUAUUUUGUUAGUAAUUUGACAAUUACUACCUCUAAAACCCUUAUUGCUGCAAUAAAUGAUCCUGCAGCUAAAGCAUCUUUUUUCUCCCAAUUGUUUCUUAGUAACCGUGGCACAACUCAACUAAACAUUUAUUUAGACCGUCUGUAUUAAAUUUUUUGAAUUCAAUAUGGAAGUGUUUUAAAUAACAUGUAAAUUAUUGAAAAUAAACAAUGUAAUAAGGAUGCCAAUUGGCACCCCAAUAUUUUCACGUACACUAUGACCAAUCUAUAACACUAUUGCUAUACACUCAGAGAAAAGUCGAUAGUCAUUGUAACUAAAAAGACUUCAACUAUUAAAAAUUAGUUAUUGGUACUAAUGCGUUAGUAUGGCUAACGAUUCAGUAGUUGCUCAAAUUAAAAAAAAAUAAAUUAAAGCACCUAAAAUUUUUUAG